AUCCUGUCAAGCCGUAGUGAAAACGGUACGGCUGGCUUCUUCCCUGCUAGCACUACUUGUUUGUUCAGAUUUGGACGGAAUGGCAACAUGGUAGCCCCAAACAAGAACAAUUCCCCUGGAUAGAUGGACUCCGGUCCCAAGCGCCAUCUCAAUAGUGCGCCUGUCAGUACGACUUGAUCAUUUGGCGCCAGCACUCAACGGCGCUACAGCAUGUCAAAUCAUGUCGAGAUGUUUCUUUGGGGGCGUGCGCAUCCGGCCCGCUUGGCCAGCGCCUUACAUACUCCACGAGCUCAGGCGGCAUCUUACCGGCAUCCUCAACUCCCGAGCCAGCGCUUCACUCGACAGCCUCUCAGCCAUUCCAUGUGUCAUUGCUCGCUCCUACGGCUUGUCAGUGAGCGGCAGAGGCGCAUGGCUGGCCUUGGGACUCUUUCAUGUAGCAUCCAUGUCAAGUCUCCCAUCAUGAAUCCGUCCUGGACUGCAUCAACUUUCCCAAUAUAAAUCCCUGCAUCCUGUCGAGUGUAGCUAUCGCUGCUGUUGCAGUAGGGUUUUUACAGUUAGCCGGGGCAUAAUAUGACGGCGGCAAUCUCCCCAUGAUUGGUGAAGAGUGUGAAAUUUCCCAUGUCUAUUACGAAGACGUCCAGCUGCCCCCUUCAUGUG